AUGGUCAAGGAAAGCUACUCCUGCGACGCUGGGGUGAGAAACAACCGUGAUAUUUGGCUGUGUUGGUCGGGAGGUGAAGGCAGCCGCGUAACUUCACCGCGGUCCUGGGCGCGCGGGACCCUUGCGGGAGGCGAGCGGAGAGCGUCUGGGGAAGCGAGGAUCCGCGGUCGCUAUGGCAACCGCGACGCCGGGCGUUCCCAGGCAGUCAGCGGCGGAGCAGAGAAGGCCAGCGGGCCCCCCGGCUUCGAGCAAGGCCCCCGAGGCAUGAGGCGGGAGGAAGCUGCGGUGGUGACCGCGGUGGCGGCGCCGGAGGCGGGCCGCGACGGGGAGCAGCCUCUGCAGCCCACGGGGCUGGGGCGCGGGGCGCGCGGGGAGCCCGGCGGCGGCGGCGGCGGCGGCGGCGGCGGCGGCGGGGUUGGCCCCCAGGACUCCUACGGACAAUGGAAGAAAUUCUUGUAUUCUGAGCCACAUAAGAGAAUUAAGGAAGUACUAGAAGAAGAACUUUAUAUUAAAAGAGAUGAAUGCCACAUUAAAAAUCCACCUGCAGUGGCCCUGGAAGGGAUUUGGAGCAUUAAAAGGAAUCUCCCGGUGGGAGGCUUGAAGCUGGGACCUCCGAGCAGAAACAGUUUGCUGCCGCAAGCCAAGUACUAUUCAAGGCACGGAGGGCUGAGAAGAUAAGAUGAAUACGUUUUUUCCAUCAAGAAGACACUUCCUCCACCUGAUGUCUGAAAAACAGAACCCAAGCUUGUUUCACAGUUUAAGAUGUAUUAAAAAAUCUAUAUUCUUAUUGUUGGUAAUUAAUUCCAAUCUAUAAAUUAAUACAAGGCAAGGAAAGACUAGUGGCAAAAUUUGCUAAGCAUCUGGAAACAAUGAAGAAGAAUAUUAUACUUACCUUUAGUUGGCAUAUUUGAAAUACACUGGGUUUCUAGUUAGGUUAUUUUUAUUAAAUAUGUGAAACAUGAUAAAA